CCAGGAGCUGCGGAGCUCCAGAGGCCCCUGCUCUCCCAGCACCGCAGCGUUAGCAGCAGCCAUGUUCGCGUGCGUCAAGCUCGCCGCCGGCUCCCCCGCGUUGAUGCGUACUGGAUCAAGGAUCCUAUACAGACCAAUUUCUGCAUCGGUGUUGUCUAGGCCGGAAGUCAGGACUGGAGAGGGCAAUACAACUUUCCUUACAGGUUCGCAGAAUGCUGGCAGUCAACUAGCACUAAGAGAGUUCCAAACUAGUGCUCUCAACAGGGACAUUGACACCGCUGCCAAAUUUAUUGGUGCGGGUGCUGCCACAGUAGGAGUGGCUGGUUCUGGUGCUGGUAUUGGCACUGUCUUUGGGAGUCUAAUCAUUGGUUAUGCCAGGAAUCCUUCCCUGAAACAACAGCUAUUCUCCUAUGCUAUUCUGGGAUUUGCCCUGUCUGAAGCCAUGGGUCUCUUCUGUCUCAUGGUUGCAUUCUUAAUUCUGUUUGCCAUGUGAAGAGAUUUGUUUUCAGCAUUGGCACUAAUGAACUACAACGUGAUUCUGUGAACUUGAGCGUGGAAAAUGUUUAUCAUGGAAAUGUAUGCUACUUCCAAAGCAACUUAAUUAAAGAUGGGUAACAAGUUUAAA